AUGGAGAAUGGUAAUGUAGGAAAAAGGGGGGCUGCAGUUGACAAGGAUGGGGGAACCCACCAACACAUGGAUAAAAUUGGCUUUUGGAAUUCCAGGGGGCUAAAUAAUCCGGAUAAACAGAAGGAAAUUCAUCUGUUUAUGCAUAACUCUCAGGUUGAACUAUUUGGCCUCUUGGAAACAAAGGUUAAGAGAGCUAAGGCUCAGAAAGCUGCUCUUAACCUAUGUAAUGGAUGGUCCUAUAGUACGAAUCUAAGUCAACAUGAAGGAGGAAGAAUAUGGCUCUUAUGGAAGACUUUGGUAUUUGAUAUAAGCAUAUACAAAGUCACAGAACAAUUAAUACGUUGUGGAGUACAUCAUAGAGGAACAAGAAGGAAAUUUUCAAGAACAAUGGUAUAUAGAUUCAAUGAUGGUGCACUAAUAAGGAAAUUAUGGGAGGAUAUCAAGGAGAUUCAUGAGCAUAUGGAUGAACCUUGGGCAGUCAUGGGGGAUUUUAACUGUGUCCUACAUAAAGAGGAAAGGAUUGGGAGCCCAGUUACAAUGGCAGAAAUAAGAGAAUUCAAGCAAUGUGUGGAUAAAUGUACAUUACAGGAUAUGAAAUCUUCAGGGGCCUUCUUUACGUGGAACAACAAACAGGGAGGUACUGACAGAGUAUAUAGUAGGAUUGACAGAGUGUUGAUCAAUAAUGAGUGGAUAUUAGCUUUACCAGAUUCAGAGGUAUACUAUAGGAAUGAAGGGACAUUUGAUCACUGUCCUGCAAUAAUUAGAUGGGCAGUAGAUCAAAAGAAGCAGCAUAUGUUCAGAUACUUUAACAUGUGGAGCAUGACACCAGACUACAAAGAGACAGUAAAGCAAGGGUGGAAGACAAACAAAACUGGGACCAAAAUGUAUGAGUUGGUGGGAAAACUAAACAACCUGAAGGGGAAAUUAAGGCAGCUAAACAAAGAGAAGUUCAGUCAUAUAGAAAAGAAAGCAGAUCAAGCACAAGAAGAAUUACUGCAAUGUCAACAAAGUAUUCAGCAAACACCUCUUAAUCCGGAGCUACAAGAGGAAGAAGCAAGGCUAAUCAGGAAGACUAAGAGGUUGAUUGAAGCAAGUCAUCAAUAUUUGAGGCAGAAAAGUAAGGUGCAAUGGCUGGAAAAAGAGGAACUAAACACCAAAUUUUUUCAUAGUAUGAUGAAGGCUAGAAGGAAUAUGAACAUAAUCUUCUCUAUAACAGAUGCACAGGGAGUCAAUCGAACUGAGGUGGAUGCAAUUUCAAAGUCCUUUAUUGAUUUCUACACUACUUUGUUGGGCACUACCAACAAGGGAAGGGAGCAUGUCAAUAGUAGACUGAUUCAGCAAGGACCAGUAGUUACAGAAAAAAAUGAACAUGUUAGAGGAAAUGUUUACAGAAAGAGAGGUUAA